AGGGCCACGCGUCACGAGCGGCGCGCGUGACAGCAAACGCGCGAUCGAGGCCAGGACUCCGAGCACAACACAGCUCGCGCGUCCUUUUAAGAUCGGGACCCGCCGCCGCCGCCUCUCUCUGCCUCCGGCGCGCCCCCCUCCUCCUCGCCUCAAACCCUAGCCCGCCCAUGGCGUCGCCGCCGGCAGGCUCUUCCUCCUUCUACUCAGGCGAGGGCGAGCCUGCCUCCUUCCCGAACCCGUGGUUCGAAUGGGAGGGAACCGGCCACCGCCUCCUCUCCCCCUACCACUCGCCGCCACCGCCGCAAACCCUAGCCCAUGGCGUCGCCGCCGCCCCCCUCCUGGCCCCUGCCCCCUCACCCACCACGCCUCCGCCCGUCGCGUCGCCUCCUCCGCCUCCGCCUCCGCCUCCUCAGCCCGCGCCCGGCUUCGCCUUCUGCCCGACCGACCGCGAGCUCGUCUCCUUCUACCUCCGCCCAAGAAUCUCCGGCCAGCCGCUCCCGGACGCCGCCAAGCAGUUCUUCCACGAGGCAGACGUGUACGCCACGGACCCGGCUUCCCUCGUCGCUGGCCGCCUGCCGGGCCCGGCGAGGGCUCAGGGGGAGAGCAAGAACUGGUACUUCUUCAGCCUCGUGAAGCCCAGGAGCGCCCAGGACAGCCGCAAGUGCCGGAUCGUCGGAGGGGGCAAGGGCACAUGGAAGCAAGAGCGAGGGAACGGCGUCGUCGGCGCCGAGGGCCGCGCCGUCGGGCGCCUGGAGAGGUUCACGUACACGCCCAACCCCAAGGAGGACAAGAAGCCGCCGGAGUGGCUCAUGACGGAGUUCAGCGUCGACCAGCACGACGACGGCGGCCAGCCGAGGCCGGUUCUUUGCCUCUGCAAGAUCUACCAGAGCCCGCGCUUCCUCAAGUCCGCCUCCAAGAACUCGGCGUCCGCGCGCAAGAGGAAGUCCGCCGCGGACGAAUCACCCGCCGUCAAGCGGCAGCUCCUGUUUCCGGCGCCCCCUCCCCCACCAAUUCCGUUGCUGCCCGUCCUGUUUCCCCCGCCCCCUCCUCCCGCACCAAAUCUGUCGGCCGAAGACGACGUCUGGGCGCACAUUGGUGCGGACCCGGAAUUGAACUUUAGCUUGGAAGAGUUCACCGCUCCCUGGCCCUGCUCAAUGACGGCAGCGGCGCCGUCUCUGCUAGGAUCCGGCCAUGGAAGUCAGUGCGCUUAACAGAGCUCCUACAUACAGCGGCCAUCUCUGAAGAUGUUCCUCUCCUCUACUUGUUCAGUUACCCAGGGGCUGAUAGUGACUACUCUCAACGGCUGAGAUCUCACCAACCGCUUUGAUUAAGUCGCUCUAGUUAAACUAGUCAUUACCUUUACUGUUAUUAUGGUUAUUGUUUGCUAAAAUCAAACCCUGGCCAUUAUAACUCUACAGCGUAUACUCCAUGACAAUAUAUCACGGCUCAAGUUUGGGAGCAAUGUGAUUCUUAAGUUUGAUUUGGUGCUAUGUUGUGUUGUGCAAUGUGAUUCUUAAGUUUGAUUUGAUGCUAUCUUGUGUUGCACAAAUGUGAUUCUUAAUUUCUGCAGUAGAUAAUGUGGUUCUUAAGUUUGAUUUGAUGUUAUCUUGUGUUGCACAAUGUGGUUCUUAAUUUCUGCAGCAGAGAUAAUGUGGUUCUUAAGUUUGAUGCUAUCUUGUGUUUCACAAUGUGGUUCUUAAUUUCUGCAGUGGAUAAUGUGGUUCUUAAGUUUGAUGCUAUCUUUUGUUUCAUCUUAUCUGAAUUUAGCACUGCAACUGAAUCCUUGAAUAUAUGCUGUAUCCUGUUGUUCUCCAUAAGUUUUGUUAAUCCUGCAAGAUCUUUGUUCUAGGCUGGAAACAGGCUUAGAUUUUCUUACCGGGGGUCUGGAAGUACUCUAGGCUGCAGCCGAACUUAUGAAUGUCCAUCUGUUUUUUGUAAUGCUCCCUUGUCGUCUAUGAUUCACACCUUUCACUCCUUCCUUUUUUAACUUGUUCGUUGUUGCAUUACUGCAGAAUGGUCACGAUUGCCGUCAUGAACUGAAGAUGUGCUUUGGCAGCUCACCAUGGCUCCUAAGAACUUAAGAUGUGCUUUGCUUACAAAAAAGAUCCUGACACAAUUUGUGGCUUCUGUUUCUAGAUGGGUUUUAUAGUUUCAGUUGUUUUUGCCUGACAAGGCUUUACUUUGAGAUAACAUAUACACCAUAUUUUGUUCUGAGGAUGCAGGUGUUGCUCAUUGUAUGAUCUCUGAGGAUAUCCAGAAUGAUCUAACACAAUCUGUAGCACAGUUGCACAUAGUAACUUUGUCACACGAUAUGCAGUUGCUAUUUCUAAAUGAGUCAGAUGAUUACAUAUUUUGCUGGACAGGUGUAAUAAAUUUGCUGGAACUUGGAAGAAGAUAGACCAGACUGACCAGGGGGUGACAGGUACUUUACAUGCACAGCUGCUAGUUCUCUGCUCUCAGCGUGGGCAUAUAAAUUCUUCUUCACCAUGGCUCGAACCCGCUGAUACGAUCGUGGGACUUGUUGUUCGAUUUGUUCUCUGAAUACGAAAUGGUGCUUCAGUUGAGCUCUUGUGUAGCAACAGUUUAUCAUUACCAGCUGUUUCUCCUGCCGACAUGGAUAUACAUGUGGCCGGAGGAUCGGGUUGGGGAGGCCCUGUGAUGGAAACCUCAGGAAUCAUGGAGGGAUUAGGGAUGCUAGCAAGUUGCAGUUGGUUUAGAAGAUUGGGCUGUAAAUUCUUACUCAGGAUUGCAAUUAUGUAUGAUGCUACAGUUUGAUCCUGAUGUAGCUGGUAAAGACAAAUGAAAAAAACAUUAGCAUGCGUAUGUUACCGCAGGACAAAUUUUGGGC